CCCGGCCACAAGUCCUGCACACCAUAAGCUCCCCCUUCUUGGAUAUCCUACAAGUCCGAAAGCUUAUUAACAACGUCCUCAAGAACACUACGUCUGCGUCUCCCAACCCCCAUGGUCAAGCCAGCUAACCAUGCGUCCCCGGGCGGCACACCGGCAGGACAGUCCGCUAAAAGGAAAAAGGAGGACGAUGAGGGGCACGCAGGGUCGUCCAAGAAAGCUCGGACCCGAGUCAGCUAUUCGUGCGGAGAGUGCCACCGUCGAAAGCAGAAGUGUGACAGGCAGGUGCCAUGCUCUCAUUGCGUCGCACGGAAGGUCCCCGAAUUAUGCAAGGCAUAUCAGCCAGGCAAGUCCGACCAAGAUUUGCACCUGCGGAUCGCAAGACUGGAGCGUAUUAUCGAGACUGCUUUGCCUCAGUUUUGCUCCACUGAUGCCUCGACACCUGCUUCAGCCGAAGCGAGCGGGCAUGGCGAAGGCCACCGUUCUCUGUCAGAAGGAGCUGAAGAUGAUGCUCGGUCCCAGGCAGACGACCAGGAUGCCAGCGGGGGUACAUUUCAGAGUGGCAGGUGGUAUGGUCAUACCGCGUCUGGCAGCAUCGCUCCAGCGUCGGUCCUUGAACAGUUACAAAACGUUGUCGGCCCAUCAAACCUGGAACCCCAAUCUCGCGAGCCGUCAGCCAUGCGUUCGCCUUCUCUGAGCUCCGUGAAAGUCGAGGCAGCCCCUAAGACUCCCGGAUUGCCUCAUACGUCUAGUCUGAACAAUGCGACAGACUCCAUUAUCGAAUCCGUCCGACAAGAUUCUGAACCAUCCGCGGCCGAUAAAUUAAGAAGUCUUGUACAAGAUUGCGGAGUUUCGCCACAGAAUUUUAGCGAGUUGCUCCAGGAACUCCCUCCACAGCGGUUCGCAGAUAUCCUCAUAGAUCAUUACUUCGCCUCAAUUAAUUGGACGCGCUACCCCUUGGCUGAGCGCGACGUCAGGGCUGCGUAUGCUUCCAUCUGCGCGAACGGAAUAGACGUUAAUCCCAAUGACGUCCGUUUCCUUCCUUUGCUCUUCGUCGUGCUUGCCAUCUCCGUCCGAUUAGCGCCUGAGGCGAUCGGCGGGGAUUGUCGCACUCGCAGACUAACGUCUUUGCGAUACUAUUGGUCUUCGCGCCGUUCCCUCUUGAUUGCCGCUGCGAUCCAGCCUGACUCCCUCGAGAUGGUUCUUACCCGGUUGCUGAGCGCUCGAUUCUUGACGUUUGAUCGUCGCAUAACGGAGUGCUGGAGCCAACUCGGCGCUGCUGUGCGGACGGCACAAGCUCUUGGAUUGCACCGAGACGGUGAAGCUAUGGGAAUGGAUCCUGCUCGGGUUGAAUACCGACGACGGAUAUGGGCAUAUCUGUAUCAUGCCGACCGAUCCUAUGCCCUCGUAUUGGGCAGGCCGAAUGCCAUCCAGGACGACUACACAUCGACCUUACCUCCCUUAAAUAUUGCCGAUGAAACGGCUCUGACGUCGCGGAUGCGUACUUCCCCUCCCCUCUCCCAGCCGACACCUAUGACUUUCGUAAUCCUCCGCCAUGCUCUAGCUACCAUCAUCGGUCGUAUGGUGCAUCAUUUCCAGCAGGUACGCCACCCGAGCCACUACACAGACGUCUUAGCGUUGGACGAGGAGCUGCUCAAAUUCGUCGAGACAUUACCGCCUCAUUUCGCUAUGGAGCCCGACACCUCACUAGACGAGUCUUUGACAUAUAUCCCAGUCCACCGUUACUUGCUCAUCACAGAAGUACUGUUCGUCAGGAUCAGUCUUCAUCGGCCGUACUUGCUGCGUAAACUCCGCUCCGAUCGUUACCUCCCGUCCCGCAAAGCCUGCUUUGACUCUGCCAUCAAAGAUUUUCAGGUUCGACGCAAGUUCAAGGAGGGUAGCCCGAGGGAAGCACGGGACUCCCUGAGCAAUGCCUACCGUGAAUUCCAAACCGCGAUGGUCAGUGGAAUUUACCUCGUUCUCGAGCCUAGAGGCCCCUACGCCGAGGCUAUGCACACCAUUCUCGACUCCUUCCUGGCGGAGCACGAAGGCAUGCCAGAUAUAGACGAGACAACGCGCAGGGAGCUCAAGAUCAUUGAGUUCCUGAAGAACAAAUCGUUGCAGGCCGAGGCUAAUGGGCAAGACCCAUUCCGGGCUCCUGAACCGAACUCUGCAGGGCCCCAUGUCGACGCGCAAUUACUGUUGGAGCUUGGCCAAUCCACCACGUCGCGUUCUCCGAGUGUCAUGCCGGCCGUUCCGCGGCGGACGUCCGUGAACGGUGCCAGCAGCUUCGGUGUCGCCUCACCGUCCCUCGCCCAGUCCCCCAAAAAUGCGUUCCGGAACGCAGCACCUACAACCUCCACGCGUUCGCCCACUCUUCACCGUCUGCAACAGGUGGAUACCUUCCAGCUCUCACCGACUGCGUCGGGCAGUCCCGGCGUUGAGGAGGAGUCGGCGGCGCAAAAUCUUCUGGACCACUGGUGCAAUACCGUCAGUACCGGCUCUUUUGACGGGCCCGGGAGCCUCAACAGUCUCCCCUGGAACGGCGCGAGCAGUGGGACAGAUAUGUCGAAUCUGUUUGGGUCUUCGUCGGGAUUCAUGGGCAACGACAUGAACGGCCUCGCCGGUCCCGACAUGUCCGAUUGGACUUAUUGGGAGACACUCGUCAACCAGAUCAGGGGCUCCUAGCUACACGCUUUCACCCUGUAUCAGCGCUGUUCCCCCUCAUGACUAUCGCAUUUCCUCUCAUGUUGUAUCAGCUAACGCAUUGUAUUUUUUAUUCACCUGCUAGGUUAUAGCGCGAUCUAAUAGGAUGUUACAUUUUCACUGGUUGAUUUUGACUAACAUACUGCGCCGCCGGGAACACAUAUUACAGGA